GCGUUGGCGAUUUGUCACACGCGAGAAGGUUGCGACGGCGAGGGAGGGGCAAGGACGCCCACAAUUCAUCUCCCUCACGACGCAGCACUCGUGACUUAGACUUCUCGCCCUCGAUUCGCACACUUCGCUAGCUGCGCAUACCUCCAAUCCCUCGAUUCCGAAGAAAGCUCCCACGCUUGCGAACCUGCUCCUUCAAGUUCUUCCGAGGAUUGCGAAUAUAAAGGCAUCUGGUGCAGUGCAAUAGCCGAGAUGAGCUUGCCACGAUCAGUUCUGCGCACAGCGCUUCAAGCGCGAGUAGGCCCCUCAUCCGGCUCUCAUUUCCUGGCCUCUCGUCUGGCCGCUCCCGCAAGCACUUCACAGUCAUCAGCCUCAUCUCUUCUCUCUCUUCGAUCGAUGAGCACAUCCAGAAUCGCGUGGCAAGCUGUUCCCAAGCAGGAGACGGGACCAACAAUUAUUCCCGGAGACUCAAUCGUUGCUGAUCCAGCUGCCAAGCGGGAGGCCAUCGGCAACGCUGCAUCGUACGCUAAUCCCUAUGCAAAGGGUCCCAGCGCCAUCGACAAGGCUGCGCACUUGUUCUUCUUCACCGAAAUUCUUCGAGGCAUGUGGAUCGUCUUGGAAAACUUUUUCAGACCACCCUACACGAUCAUGUAUCCUUUCGAAGCCGGACCCUUGUCUCCUAGAUUCCGUGGCGAGCACGCGUUGAGGAGGUACCCUACAGGAGAGGAGAGGUGUAUUGCAUGCAAGCUUUGUGAAGCAAUUUGCCCUGCGCAGGCCAUCACCAUCGAAGCCGAGCCCAGAGAAGACGGCGCUCGUCGUACCACAAGAUAUGAUAUCGACAUGACGAAGUGCAUUUACUGUGGUUAUUGCGUCGAGGCUUGCCCCGUCGAUGCGAUUGUGGAGACGCAAAACGCAGAGUUUGCUACCGAGUGGCGAGAGGAGCUGCUGUACAACAAGGAAAAGUUGCUGGCCAACGGGGACAGAUCGGAGGCGGAGUACGCUGCCAACUUGCGUCAGGACCACCUUUACCGUUGAGGCGCGAGGCGAAAGGAUACAGGUGUGACGACGAUGGUUCUAGCUAGUCACGCGCAAAGGCACACAACCCAUUCUUUCUUUCAUGACCGGCUCUAUGCAUUCGAGGUCCUUCGUCAAUUUCAUAGCAAGUUCACCGCAAGCAUAGACGUGGAGUAUGAGAUGCUAUCAAUUCCAUGCGUAGAGGGGGG